AUGGCUCCCAGCUUGAUAGAACCUCAAAUCAUUACUCAAAAUCCUGUGAAGGGGCCACUGAAGACUCAAUUGUCUGCAUUGCCGAAUCAAGAUGUUGAUUUAACCUUGACCCAGCGUCCGCAAAACCUUCUUUGUCUGCUCGAGCUGCUAGAUGUUCCAUCCGAUAUCCGAUAUGAGCAUUCGGAUGUGCAGCUCCAGCGGUUGCUCCAAUGGGCAUGGGCCAUCACCAUCCGGGCCUUUACAUCAUCAAAUUCGAUCUUCGUCGGCGAGAACUACCUGGAAGGGUGCUCCUUCGUCGGCGACUCUCCACCCGCCGACGUGAAAACAGCUCAAGUUCAUCUCGAUACUCAAGAUCCCAUUCAAGAACUGUUCAGCAGUAUAACCAGCUCGUUGAAAGUUCAACAGCUGGAGAACAAGGAGCGAGGCAGUGGUGGACAAGAGAGCCACUUUAACACCACGGUCAUCUAUCAGCGAGAACCUGCUCAGAGGAAUGGAGAUGGUCUUGCAGCGUGCUCCGGCGCUUGCACGGCCUGUUGCCCAGUGCCAAUCGUGGUUUCCGAACCAGAGAGUUCCGCAGACGGCUUGCGGUUAUAUAUCCGACGUACGCCAGACAGCUACUUCGAGGCGAAGCUGGAUGUCGGUCGCACCCCAAUUAGCCUUCCACUCGCAACGAGCCUUCUCCACAGCUUCAAUCGGGCGUUGUCAUCGAUCAGGGAAGCUCCCUCGCAGACCAUCUCCUCCGUUGAUUUGUGCUCGCCGCACGACCGCCGACAGAUCGCGAAACUCGCCGAAUCACAUUCGCCAGCCCAGAAUGUCCUCUUGCACGACCUCUUCCUGCAGCAUGUGAAAGAUACACCCGACGCCCUGGCUAUUCGUUCCUGGGAUGGAGACUUCACCUACGCCGAAUUAAAUCGUCUGUCAUGUCGCCUCGCCCAUUGGCUGGCGGAACAGGGUGUCCGUCCCGGGAUCUUCGUCGCGUGCGCAUUCUACAAAUCGACCUGGGCGAUUGUUGCUCGGCUGGCCGUCCUCAUGGCCGGAGGCGCAUACAUCUGCGUCGACGCACAUGAUCCCCCGGGCUAUCUCGCAUCGGUGCUGGAACGCACCGGGAUCAAAAUCAUGCUGACAUCCACCGGUUUCGCUCAAAAGUUCGGCGAGGCUGUAGAGACCUACUUUGAAGUCUGCAAGGAAUCGGUAGAGGAACUUCCAUCUCAGGCAACGCCACCCGCUUCCACCGUGACCCCCACAGACCCCUGUGUGGUUCUCUUCACCUCCGGCAGCACCGGGACUCCCAAGGGAAUUAUCCAGGAACACCGCAGCUAUGCCUCGGCGUUAACGGACCUGAUCCGUGUCAUGGGCAUGGGACCCCACACGCGACUCUUCCAGUUUGACGCUUACGCGUUCGAUAUCAGCAAUAAUGAUUUCCUCGCGCCUCUCAUUGCGGGCGGGUGCUGUUGCGUGCCGACGCCGUCGCAGACCGUAGAGAUGCUGAUGCAGGACCUGAACAUGCUGGAAGCGAACACCACCUUCGCGACACCCUCGGUCGCAAUCGAUAUUGACCCAGAGCGUGUGCCAACCUUGCAGACAAUGUGUAUCGGCGGAGAACCAAUCUCCGACGCCGUCUUGACCAAAUGGAUGGGUCGCGUCCGGGUCAUUAACCAGUAUGGCAUGGGUGAGGUGGCUUCCUUGUGUGCCUUCAAUGCAAACCUUCAGAUUGGCCGGGGUGCAGUGGUCGGGCGUCCUGCCAGUGGAGCGAUCUGGAUUGUCAAUCCGGAUUCAGCAGACCAGCUGAUGCCGGUUGGUGCGGUGGGCGAGCUCCUCGUCGAAGGCCCGCACAUCUCCCGGGGUUAUCUGGACCACGUGUCUGGCAAAUCAGAGAACUUCCUCGCCACGCCGCCGCAGUGGAUGGCGGCUUUGGAUAUCAAUCGCGAGUCAUAUCGAUUCUACCGCUCCGGGGACCUGGGUCGGUAUAACCACGAUGGGACCAUCGAGCUCAUCGGCCGGAAGGAUACGAUGCUGAAGCUCGACGGCACCCGUGUCGAAGCCAGCCAGGUUGAGUAUGUCCUGCGUCAUGAACUCUCGACCGGUGAUGCGGCGGUCGUCGAUGUUGUCGGCAGCGCGGACGGAGUCUGCGAGCCCAUCUUGAUUGUGUAUCUGUUCCUGUCAAAUAACCCGAUGAACUUGGAGAGUGGCCCGAUCGAGGAUAUGCAGUUCCGCCCAGUUACAGAUCGCCAUGCUAUCCAUCGCCUGACGCAGUCAUUGGCUGAUGCUGUCCGGAGGAAUCUGCCGUCGUACUAUGUUCCAAGUCUGUUUUUGCUUGUUGAUCGUGUGCCGCGGACCAAGUCGAAGAAAACAGAUCGUCGCAAGCUGCACAUGCUGGGCCAGGCAUAUUACAUGGCGCACCGAGAAGAGCUGCGAGAUAUCACGGUCUGGCCGGAUUGGGAGUGA